GUCCAUACGGAAUUGCCAGAGUUGGAGUGCGAGAUAGUCGACGUUAGCAUGCUGAAACGCAAGUCUGAGGAUAAAGUGUACCUGAAGAACGACCUAUUGCACUGUGUGCUACGGAGAGGUCUGUCGUUAGCAUUGAUAACAGGGGAAGGGAAUAAGAAAAGGAGACUCACUGGGGAGGGGGCUGAUGAUGAUGCGGCGAGGGAUGAGGCCCUGAAGGUGGUCUUAUUACGACAGGGCUUGCCUAAGUUCUUUGAUAUUGAUGUUGAUGAUGACCUUACUGGUACGACGGGGGACUGCGCCGCGCUCUUGAUGGUUCAGGGUAGAUUUCCGGAGCAGCAGUCAGAGAAGCCAUCGUGGUUGAGGAAGCGUUUAGCGGAGCGAUGGCCGACUACUCUCUAUCUAUUGGAUAAGGCGAAUGGGGAGAAUGCGCAGGUUUCGUGGUCGGUGGACUUGUCAGCUUGGGUCAUCUGUUCUAAGAACGUCUCGUUGGUCGCCAGGGAGGCGGCUGAUCUUAAACGGUGA